AAUUGCUCCGGGUCAAACGUGAGGUGUGUGCGGGGAACUGCACUGGUCCCUUCUGCGCCGCAAGUUGGAGCCUUGAAGAGAAGAGCCGCUGACGGCGUCUCCAUUGGGAUUACCGGAAAUAAGAAUUUGUGCCAAAGUUUCUUAAAGGUGGUUAAUGGAUCUGUGUACUGUGGCGUGAAAACUUUGGGGAAGGCUUUCAUGUACUUUGGAGAGAAAGCCUUAAGGAUCCACUUUGGCAUGAAUGGUUCUUUGCGUAUAAAUCCAGAUGCAAGCCAAAACAGAAGUGUAGCACUAACAGCCUUAGAAAUACAAUUUACUACUGAUUUGAUUUGUUUCUACGCUGCAACUGUAGAGCUUAGAAACACAGUUGAAUGUGAAGAAAAAAUUAGAAUUCUGGGAGAUUUAGAUGUCUGCAGUUCAAAAUUUAGCUUCCAAAGAGCAGAAAGUGAGAUUAAGAAGCAAAAGGGCCGUAUGUUAUGUGAUGUACUGCUUGAUCAGGCAAUCCUACCUGGAGUGGGAAAUAUCAUAAAGAAUGAAGCACUUUAUGACAGUGGUCUGCACCCAAUUGUUAAAGUUUGUCAAUUAACAGAUGAGCAAAUACCAUUGGUGAAAAUGACUCGGGAUUUCUCACUUCUCUUUUAUAAGUGUUGCAAGACGGGAUGGGCAAUAAGUAAACACUUCAAAGUGUAUAAACGCCCUACUUGCCGCCAAUGCAGCGGAAAGAUCACAAUAUGUCGAUUAGGAGAGAACAACAGAAUGACCUAUUUCUGCUCACAGUGCCAAACUGACAAACCUCAGCCCUGGGAUUUGUGCAGACAGCCAAGAAGAAAUAGUUUAAGUGGCUGGCCAUUCAGCAGGGAGUCUUGUUCUAGAGAAGUUGCUCAGAAGUCAGAAGAGGAGUGGGCCUGCACACUCUGUACUCUAAUAAACAAGUCUUCUGUGACAAUAUGUGAUGCAUGCCUGGCAACACGGCCUGAAGAAAAAAAUGGAGGUUUAACAACAGAUAAAAGCUCCUUAGUCAAAUAUCCAUGUAACAACUUUGGAAAAUCAAGAAUGGAAAUUAAGAUAAAUAGGAACACGGCAUUUGGGACAACAACUCUAGUAUUGACAGAUUUUGCUAGUAACAUUCUACUGAAACAUAACAGAAGUGAAAGUCGAACUCCAGAUGGAGGCUCUCUGCAUGAUCCUUCAAGAAACGUUAACAGUACCAGCAGCUAUGAAGUAAAUUCAUCAAUACCUUUCCCCCAUCAACGUAAUUCUUUAAAGCCAGCAUCAAAGAAACAGAAAAUUGAUUGUUCAACUUCAUCUGUUGGAAACCUUACUGAGAAAUUUGUAAACAGAGCACCUCCAGAUAAUAUGACAGAUGGCUCUUGCACAUUAAAUACUGGCAAUCCUCGCUGCAGUAAACACAGUCGCUUCUGUGUUCUUCGCAUCGUGAGGAAGGACGGAGAAAACAAGGGCAGGCAAUUUUAUGCUUGUCCUUUGCCAAGAGAAGCCCGGUGUAACUAUUUUAAAUGGGCAGACCUGCAUUUUCCUUUCUGCAAUCAUGGGAAUCGCUGCAUUAUGAGGACAGUGCUGAAGAUUGGCCCUAAUAAUGGAAAGCAUUUCUUUGUGUGUCCUCUUGGGAAGGAUAAACAGUGUGACUUCUUUCAAUGGGCUGAAAAUGGUCUAGGAAUGAAGAUUAUCCCAGGAUGCUGAGCUAUUCAUCUGUACUGGACUAUCUGGUGCUAAUCUUCUCAAACUGUGUGUGCUAUACUGCUCUUCUGUAGGAGAUAUUUUAGGAGGGUUAUGAUCAAAUGGCAUUUUGUGAUUACAAAUCCAUUUCUGUUAUAUAUUUGAACAUUCCUUCUCAUACCCCCCUUUGUAUUUCAGCUAUUUUCUGUUCAUUAUUUGUUGCAUUUUAUCUAAUACUAGAAAAUUUCAGACUUAAUAUCUGAACAACAGGUAGUCUUUUUCUUAUCUUAGUUGUUCCCGCACACACGCACGCAUACGCACACACUUGGAUAUCAUUGUUUGUUCAUGCCAUUUGCCCUUCAAUGUUUUCCUCUUUGUCUUUAUAUAAAAAUUUUAUUUCAAUGCAUUUAAUAUGAAUAGAUUCUAUUACAUUUUUUAAUCAGUUAUGAAAGAUUAAUAUUUUAAUAAGAUGUUUCAAGUAGUGAUGAGUGUUUGUUUUUAAGAAUAAACAGUAUGAGAUUGU